AUGAAGGGCCCUGCUCCCGAGGCUGGCCCCUCUAAGGUUUCUGCUGCCUGGAGCACCACAGCCACCACGGCCCAGAGUCAGGGCCUGGGAGGGCGGCAGUGUGGGGGCCUGAGCCGGAGCCCCCCGGGAACGAGGGUGCUGACAGCCGCCAGCUGCCACUGCCGGAGCCCGCUGCCCAGUGCCGAGGCACCUUACUGCGACCUGCCCUGCUGCCCACCGGCCCCUCAGGACCCGCUCGACACCACCACCUGUGCUGGCCACUGUGUGGAAGACCUUGGCCUCAGGCAGGGGUCUCAGAGGGUCUGGUCUCCAACAGCAGCUCUCCCUGCAGAGGGCCUUGCAACUGCUCCAAGGAACAGGCCCCAGGACCCUGAGGUGGUACCCUAUCUGGAGGGCCCAGCCUGUAGUAGCUGGGACAACGAGGACCCCGACUCUGACACCAGCUCCAGCCAGGACAGCAGCACCCCUGAUGAUACCAGCACUUCUUCCUCUGUGGAUUGGGACACUGUUGAGAGGCCAGGGGUGGUCCCCGACGGGGACAGACUCAACGUGAUGAUCCCGAGGAGGCCUCAGGAGGGGCUGAGAGCUGACAAUGCUCGAAGGGUCACGAGGUCCCCGGCCAGAGGAGACACAGCGGGCCAGAGAAAGGAGGAUUCUGGCAGCGGUGGGGAGAGUGCUGGCCAGCACUGGGCGAAGCUGCGGGCAGAAAGCGGCUACUUCUCCUUGGAGCGACAUCGCUCGGGGCAAACCCAGGCUUCCUCCGGGACACCACCGGGUGGACCUCGGACCGCCACCCAGGCCUCUUCUGCUCAAAGAGAUGUUUUCCAGGAUGCUUCUUCUGCACAAGAACUCUCCCAAGCUUCCUCUCUACCCAGAAACACCCAAAGAGACACCCCCAGGACCUUAGCCACACCGCGGAACACCCCCAGAACGUCCUCUCCUUCAAGAGUUUCCCAAAGGGACACUCCUAGAACCAUGUCCACCCAGAGAAGCAGCACUCCACUGUCCUCUCCUCUCAGAGCCCCUCAAGAGAGCCUCAAGACCUCCACACCACAAGAUGGCCCCCACGUUGCAUCGUCUCCUUGUGCCCAAGCCUCCUCUCCAAACAGAACCACCCAGUGGGAAAAUCUCACGACUCCCUGUGCCCAGAGGGACAAUCCUCGGAGCUCCUCUCCAAACAGAACCACCCAGAGGGACAAUCCUAGGACUCCCUGUGCCCAGAGGGACAAUCCCAGGACUCCCUGUGCCCAGAGGGACAAUCCCAGAAGCUCCUCUCCAAACAGAACCACCCAGAGGGACAACCCCAGGACUCCCUGUGCCCAGAGGGACAAUCCCAGAAGCUCCUCUCCAAACAGAACCACCCAGAGGGACAACCCCAGGACUCCCUGUGCCCAGAGGGACAAUCCCAGGACUCCCUGUGCCCAGAGGGACAAUCCCAGGACUCCCUGUGCCCAGAGGGACAAUCCUCGGAGCUCCUCUCCAAACAGAACCACCCAGAGGGACAACCCCAGGACUCCCUGUGCCCAGAGGGACAAUCCCAGAAGCUCCUCGCCCAACAGAACCACCCAAAGGGACAACCCCAGGACUCCCUGUGCCCAGAGGGACAACCCCAAAAGCUCUUCUCCCAACAGAACCACCCAAAGGGACAACCCCAGAAUUCCCUGUGCCCAGAGGGACAAUCCCAGGACUCCCUGUGCCCAGAGGAAUAAUCCUCGGAGCUCCUCUCCAAACAGAACCACCCAGAGGGACAACCCCAGGAACCCUUCCACCCAAGGAGACAAGACUACAGCCUCCUGCAGCAGAUGGGAACAUCUCCGAAGCGCCUGCACCCAACGAGACAACCCAGGACCAUCAUCAUCUUCCUUCCAACGAGACAACCCCAGGGUUUCCUCUCAAGGCUGCACCCAAAAGGACAACCCAGGACCAUCAUCUCCCCGCCGGGCCACUCAGGGGAGUAGUUCCCGGAACCCUUCUCCCCACCGUACCAACAAAGAUAUCCCUUGGGCCUCCUUCCCCCUUCGACCCACUCAGAGUGAUGGUCCUCGAACCUCAUCGCCAUCUCGCACCAAACAGAACCAGGUGCCUUGGGCAUCCAUUUCUCUCCGGCCAACCCAAGGGGACAGGCCUCAGGCCUCAGCUCCUACCAAACUAGCCCAUCACGACCCUCCCCAGCACUGUUCGCCAUCCCCGGCCACCUCCUCCUCCUCCUCCUCUCAUAACCCAGGCCACCCCAGUGCCUCUCGGACUUCAUCGCCUCCGCACCCAGCACCACGAGGGGCUCCCCAGACCUCUUCAGAGCCCGCCCAGCCACCAUGUGCUGUGUGCAUUGGGCACAGGGAUGCACCUCGCGCCUCUUCACCCCCUCGCUAUUUUCAGUACGACCCUUUCCCCUUCUUUCCGGAUCCCCGCUCGUCUGAGAGCGAAUCACCCCACCACGAACCCCCCUACAUGCCACCUGCAGUGUGUAUUGGGCACCGUGAUGCCCCCCGGGCUUCUUCACCACCUCGCCAUACCCAGUUUGACCCCUUCCCCUUCCUCCCAGACACGUCAGAUGCCGAGAACGAGUCCCCCCAGCAUGAUCCUCCACAGUUUCCCCCACCAGUGUGCAUCGGGUACCGUGAUGCCCCCCGGGCCUCUUCCCCACCGCGCCAGUUCCCAGAGCCCUCCUUCUUCCAGGAUCUCCCCAGGGCCAGCACAGAGAGCCUUGUCCCUUCCACAGACUCUAUGCACGAGCCUCCCCACGUCCCCACUCCUGUAUGUAUCGGGCACAGAGAUGCCCCUUCCUUCUCCUCCCCACCACGCCAGGCGCCCGAGCCUUCCCUCUUUUUCCAGGAUCCCCCUGGCACCAGUAUGGAGAGCCUUGCCCCUUCCAUUGACUCUCUGCACGGCUCCCCACUGCUGCCCCCCCAAGUGUGCAUCGGCCAUCGGGAUGCACCCAGAGCUUCCUCCCCUCCCCGCCACCCACCCGGUGAUCUAGGUCUCCUGGCCCCCUCCCCUCCCCCAGGUAGCUCAGGCUCUCGAGGCUCAGCACCCCCAGGGGAAACCAGACACAACUUGGAGAGGGAGGAAUACACCAUGCUGGCCGACCUGCCCCCACCCCGGAGGCUGGCCCAGAGGGGGCCAGAGCCCCAGGCACAGGGCAGCAACGAGGGCCGGACCCGCAGCCCUGGCCGGGCAGAGGUGGAGCGCCUCUUCGGGCAAGAGCGCAGGUGA